AUGUGUGUCUCCUGUUUGCCCACUGCAGCAGCUGAAUCACCCCAAUGUGAUCAAAUACCUGGACUCUUUCAUUGAAGACAACGAGCUCAACAUCGUUCUGGAGCUGGCGGAUGCUGGAGAUCUGUCCCAGAUGAUAAAGUACUUCAAGAAGAAGCGACGCCUCAUCCCAGAGAGAACUAUCUGGAAGUAUUUUGUGCAGCUCUGCAGCGCCCUGGAGCACAUGCACUCACGCAGAGUAAUGCACCGUGAUAUAAAGCCAGCCAACGUGUUCAUCACAGCCACAGGUGAGGUGAAGCUGGGUGACCUGGGAUUAGGACGCUUCUUCAGCUCCAAAACCACGGCGGCACACUCCUUAGUGGGGACUCCUUACUACAUGUCGCCGGAGAGGAUCCACGAGAACGGAUACAAUUUUAAGUCUGAUAUCUGGUCUCUGGGAUGUCUUCUUUAUGAGAUGGCAGCGCUGCAGAGUCCGUUUUAUGGGGACAAGAUGAACCUGCUCUCCCUCUGCCAGAAGAUCGAGAAGUGUGAUUACCCCCCCCUCCCUCCGGACCAUCACUCUGAGAAGGUAGAGGAGGAAUCAUUAGGCGCGUUCACACCGCAGCACUUUUCCCACUUCUGA